CACACACACACACACACACACACACACACACACACACAAUGUUUCGUACACCAACAACAACUGGCGCUGUCAAAAAAUCCACUACUCCCAGCCCCGCUACUUCACCUGCGGCAGUAUCGGAAGCUGCCAGGACUUUUAUCAAGAGACCGGAAACGAAAAGAAGGUCGCUUGAUAAUAUGGAUCUGUACAGAAGGCAGCAGCAGAACUACGCUGAGAUACCGAGCGACAAACUACUCCUGGAAGUAAUGAAGACAUUUGAGGAUAUACCCUCAAAGGUUCAGCAGUACCCUCAGAUGAGACGGGACAUCAAGUCCUUCCUGGAGGUACAAUCGGACAGAUGUAUCCGCAUGCUUUUUGAGUUGAGUAAGCGGAUGAAGACUCUGGAAGCAGCAGCGCCCGAGACUAGUACACAGACAGCAGCUUUAUUUACUGACAAAGAACAAAAACUGCUGGAAAAACUGGCAGAGAUGGAAAACGUAAUAACCACGCGGAUUAGUCAAACGGAAGCCAACCUGAAGAAAGAAGUAGCGGAGCUUAACUCAACAAACGACGAUCGAGGCGCUAACAUCGUGGAAUACGUUUACAACAGAUUUGAGGAGGCCAAGGUUGCAAUAGGUAAAUCGACCGAGGGGGUCGUGGGACGGACGCAAGCUCGUCUCGAAGAUUUGGUUGGCACUGUCGCUGGAGAUGUUGCCGAAGCCAAAAUGCAAAUAAGCGAUAUUGCAAAAGGGUUGAUAUCUGAGAGUAGCACGAUCCCCAAAACGUAUGCCAACGCCGCAGCAGCUAAGCCCGGGCGUCGUCCGGCGCUUUAUUCGAUGGCGGUAACCUUUGAAGACGAUCAAGAGACUGCGGAAGAGGUACUCGCGAGAGUAAAGAAGGCGGUUGACGCUGGGGGUACUGGCCUCAAGGUAAAUAAAGUAAGAAAGGCCAAGAAUAGCGCAGUCAUACUAGGCUGCGACACGGAAAUUGAACUGGAAAAGGUGAGAGAGAGGAUAGAAAGCCACGGCGAGGGGUUAAUCGUAAAGCCCAUGAAGAACAAGGACCCACUCGUCGUCCUUAAAGACGUAUUUAUAGACAACGACGACGAUGAAAUGAUAAAGGCCCUUUACGCCCAAAACACCGAUAUCUUCAUGGGCCUAUCACAAGAGGAGAUGGACUUGAUAAUCAAAUAUAAAAAGAGGACCAGAAAUCCUAAGACCUCCCACGUUGUCAUCCAGGUACGGCCGAAGGUAUGGCAGAGGAUGACGGAGGCUGGCGCCCUCUAUCUGGACCUGCAAAGAGUCAGGGUAGAGGACCAGUCUCCGCUCAUUCAGUGCACGAAGUGCCUCGCUUUCGGACAUGGCCGCAAAUUAUGCACCGAGAGUGUGGACAGGUGCAGUCACUGUGGAGGCCCACACCUACGCGAGAAAUGCGCCGAUUAUGCCGCGGGAAUCGAACCUCAGUGCUGCAAUUGUCUACACUCCAAGUUGCGGAGUACGGAUCACAACGCUUUCAGUGUCGAGUGUCCAACCCGCAAAAAGUGGGACUACCUGGCAAGAUCAAACACGGCAUACAUAUGACCCAUCCACUCAGUGGAACGCACACACAUGAAACAUAAACACACGCACACACACAUACACACACCGAUAUAAAAGUAUAUAAUAAAUAUAUAUGGAUAUAUCAACACAGGCAAACAAACACUGAACACGUAUACAAAUGACUAAAUAGAAAACAGCUAAAGAAAUUAUUUCGCAACAAGAAAUGACAAUAAGUAUAUAUACUAGAGUAUAUAUAUACUAUUGACAAAGAAACAAUGGAAAUCAUAGAUACACUGAGUCAAAAUGUCACUAUUCCAAAGUUCAAAUAAAGACAUUUUUAUAAAGAAUUAAUACCGGAAGGAACCAUAGAAAUAAGCCAAAAACAUAUUGUUGAAUAGAAUAAGAAACAAAAAUUGUAAAGAACUAGAUUUUAAGAAUUAAGUAAGAGUGAGUACAAUAAACGGUGAAUAGAAUAAGAAAUAGAUAGUAAGCUCUAGACACAACAACAUAAUACUGUACUGUAAGAAAAUAAAUUUAAACAUAUUAUUAAAUAGAGUAAGAAACAAAUAUUUGUAAAAAACUAGAUAUAAAAUUGUGAAUAAAAUAAGAAAUAGAUAGUAAGCUGUAGACAUAACAAUUUAAUACUGUACUGUAAGAAAAUAGAAGUUGAAAAAUAUUGUAGCUAUAUUGUAUUGGACAAUGUUGUAAAGCUGUUAAACAAAAAAUUAAUGAACUAAGCCCACGGUUACAAUAAACGGUCACAUACGUAGUUAAAUUAUUCCCCCAAGAGAUAAAAAUAAAAGAUAGUCAAAGUAGCGGGAGUCCCACCCGGCUAAGAAAGUAAGGUGAUGGAUGAAAGAAAGAAAUAGUAUGAGGCAUGUCAGUGCGAGAAGCAUAGAAGCGAGAAAUGGUAUGAAUGUGUUACUUAGAAUAAUAAGGUCCUGCCGAGCCUAUGGGCGGGGAAAGGCGUAAAAAAAAAAAAAAAA